AUGUCACCAGUCACACGACUGGUAAAUCCAAUCAUGGAAACCACGACCAAAAUCGCCCGUUGCGUCUCCGAAGAGACCACACCCCCUAAGUCCCUCAACUUCAGACAAUCAGCCGAUCUCUGGUUCUCAAAUAACUGGAUCUGGUUUCUGCUCCUUCUCAUCUUGACAGUGAUCACCACUUGCACCUUCGUCGUUCUGUACUGUCGAUCUCUGCUUCGGAUCAAUCUGAUUAAGCGAGAGAUGAAAAAGGGGAACUGGUCUGAGCGUCGGGCGGGAGAUGUCGAGGAUGGGAAUUCUUCAGUACAGACGCCGGAAUCGUCUACUGAUUCAUUAAGACUCACACCUUCGGUUUCUUCCGCUGGGAAGCCUAGCGAGGAACAUACUGAUAGGAAAUGGUGGUCUCGGAAGAAGCCUGGAGAAACCUAG